AAACUAAACGUGGAGGUGGUUUGAAUACAAAUCGAAUAGUUCUUUGCCUGAGUAACAAAUACUAGCUCUUAUGGAAUCCCUUUCAAAGCACUUUUGAAAUAAACAAAAACAUACGCGUUUAAAAACUAAGACUUUAUACAUUUAUACAUAUAUAUACAUACAUAUGUGUGUAUAUAUAUACUACUGUGUAUGUACAUUUGGAUGCUAGCAUGAUUAUUCAUUCAAGUUUUAAGUGAAUCACAUUUAGUCAACUGUGCAAAUAAUUAUAUUACAUAUCCUCAAUAGUAGCACAUAGACAUACAUACAUAUACGAGUAAAGAGCAUAGUGGGCCAAACAAAAGGAAAAGUGACAAACAGUAAAGAUGCAUAGCACAUUGUUAGACGAGCUGAACCAAAAUGGCUACAUUAUCAUUGAAGAUUUUCUCACGCCAGCAGAGGUCGAAGAACUCUACUCGGCUGGACGUGACCUCUGCAUAGAUGCACCACGAGCAAACCGCAAAAUUUUUAGCACAGUUAACCAAAAUAAUGCACAUAGCAAAGAUACAUACUUUCUUGAUUCUGGCGACAAAAUUCGGUUUUUCUUCGAAGAAGGUGCCAUAAAUGAGAAUGGCGAAUUAGUUGUCGAUCCUAUGAUCGCCCUGAACAAAGUGGGACAUUCCUUGCACGUUGACCACCCGGUCUUCAAAAAAUUAACCUUCAGUAGUCGUGUUAAGGAAGUUUGCUGGCAGUUGAACUUCAAUAAACCAGCUGUGUGCCAGAGCAUGUACAUCUAUAAGAAUCCAGGCAUAGGCGGCGAAGUUAUUCCACAUCAGGACUCCUGGUUUUUGCACACAGAGCCGAACUCUGUUAUUGGUUUUUGGUUUGCGCUUGAAAAUUGUACACUAGAAAAUGGUUGUUUGCAUGCAAUCAAAGGUUCACAUAAGAGCGGAGUUCAUCGUCGAUAUAUGCGCAAUCCGGAUAAGGACGCUCAACAACUACUAGUUUACGAUCGUCCUGCACCGAUUUACCCUCAAUCAAAUUACACACCCUUGAUCGUGGGCAAAGGUACCUGCAUCAUUAUUCAUGGCAAUGUAGUGCAUAAGAGUGAACCAAAUCGGUCGCAGAAAAGCCGCCAUGCUUACACUUUCCAUGUCAUUGAGACCGAGAAUAACGUAAAAUAUUCGGAAGACAAUUGGCUCCAGGCAUCCAAAGAGAAACCUUUUCCUGUACUUUUUGAACGUAACAAAUAAGUUAUUCCUUUUGAAUAAAUACAUUUAUACAUACAUAUGU